AUUUAGGGGGAAGAAAGAAAGAAACAAAGUUGUCGACUGUGCAGUGCUCACGGGGAGGGAUUUUUAUUUAUCCCGAGCGGCUCUUUUAGUCCAGCACCGGCCUGCUGAGGGGGGGGGGAUGUAAGUGCAACGACGCGCCGGUUUCCCCCGAGUUGCUCCUCUCUUCCCGAACUUCUCCGCUACUAUCCCACCGUGUCCCAAGCAGGAUUUCUCCUUUGAAAACGGGAAUGAUAAAAGGAGCCGAGCACAGGCGGAUGGACGGAGGAGCGUAAAGCCACCGCCGUGUGUGCUGGGUUAAAGCUAAAUCACGCUUCUUUUUUUUUUUUUUUUUUAAUUUUUAAAUCUUUAUUUCUUCUCGAGCACCAUUCCUCCUGAGAUGAAUGGCAGAAGUCGGGUGAGUCGACUAUCUGCGAGCAAGCGGAUUUCUUCUUUCCUCGUCUACACUGGACCCACAUGAAGAGGUGAUAGCCUGCAUCCUGCUGAACCGCUCCGCUUUGUGUUUCUGUAAGAGAAAAUUCAAACGUCGAGACGCACCAGACUCCUCAGCGGAGGAGAUCCGCGACAGCAGCCCGACUUUGCUGAAGUAGAUUUAAGACUUUUAACUUUUAUCAGAGACCAUGCAGCUGUGGAGCCACAUGAGGGUCCACAAAGGAGGCCCUCUGCGAUCGUAGGUCCGCACAGAAGUCUCCUGGAUGGUUUGUUUCUCCCGUUUCCUUUCUGGAUUACUUGAACUGGUAAUAAUUGUUGUAUAAUCCCAUGGAUUCUGCCUCACCACAGCCUACCUGUACCUGUGGAUUUUCCGCAUGAGGGCAACCAGGCAGGUGAUAGCACAAGAAGGCUUCAUCAUGGACAGGCCGAUAAGCAAGUUGCUGGGGAAGCUGAAGCUAACGGACUCGGGCAGUGUGAAAUUCAACGUCUCGAAGAAAAAACACGACUCUGCCAGCAACUCUAAUAACAGCAACGCCAACGCUGGCAUCCCAGCAGGCAGCAGCGGAGGGGGCAGCAGUCUGCCACUAGCUCCUAGCUCUGCAGCUGCUUCGCCCGCAAGACCCGGCCAGUUCUCGCUUGCCUCUGCAACCACAAGUGAUACAUGUGUGCCAGCGAGUGGGAGAGGAGGAGGAGGAGGAGGUACAGCAGCAGCAGGAGGAGGAGGAGGGAUGGGAAUGACUUCCUCUCAGCUCCUCACCACACCAUCUACUUCCUCCACCGUUGGCACCAUCCCCCCAGAUGGUGAGCAACCACUUCACCCUUCCACUUUAGCACCGCUGAGGCGCCCCACGUCCCAGCAGCGAGUUUCCUGCUACCUGGGUGAAGGCGUGGAUUCCCACCUCAGGCGCGAGUCCGGCCUGGGUCCUGAGUGUGACCCUCUGGGAGCGUUCGGCUCCAAGGCGUCCCUUAAUCAACGGCGAUACUCCCUGGAGAUUCAGCAGCUGGUCCAACGACAGCAGCUCCUCUCCCAGCCACCUCCCCUCUCCGUCCCGCCGCCAUACCCUGCUGCCACAGGAUAUGGGUCAGCACCCAGAGCCAGUGGAGGCGGCCUGGCUGAGCCCGGCUACCUCUCUGAGCCUGAGAGGCACAAACGCUUCUCUCUCCAGGAGACUCUGUUCUACAAACGCCUGAGCACAGGCAGUGAGCUGUGGGAGAGCACCAGGCCUGCAUCCCUCUCUCAUCCGCCGCAUCGCCCAUCUGAUAUGAGCGGAGGAGGUGUAGGAGGAGGAGGUGGAGGUCUCUUUUACCCCCCAGGACCAACCCUGAGCCCAUGCUCAUCUUUCAGCUUCCAGGAGUCCGUGCUGGUCAGCCCCAGGUCCAGCUUCGCCUCCAGCACGGCCAGCGGAGGAGGAGGAGGGAGCCCCAUGGGGAGCCGCUGCAGCAGCAACCGGACCAGUGGCAUCAGCCUGGGCUAUGACUUGCGCUACUCUGCAUCUGGAGGCCUCCCUACUCAGCAGCAGUCACCGUCUGUGCAGACUGGAGGCUCUGCAACUGGGUAUGGGGUCCCGGGACGGGCUGGGGUAACCCCUACAGAGACCUGGACUCAGUACCUGGAUGGAGGGAUGCGUUCAGGCGCAUAUGAUAGCCGUCACUCCUACCCACCUGCGGUCGGAAGUCCAGCAGCAACAUGCUACCAGGCAGGUCCAGAGUGGUGGGAAGAGCAGCCAGCAGGUGUGCAAGGCAAAGAGGCAGGCACGAUGGGAGAGAGGGCGCGAUACUCAGACCUGCCCGGCACCCGAUACCAAGAAGAGCUGACCCGACUUCUGCUGAGAGAUGCUGUGUUGGAGGGUGACGGGCUGCUGGAGGGUCUGAUGCUGAAGGAGCACUCUCUAGGCCUGAUGGCUCACUCUAAACCAGGCGUCACGCAACCUGGAGGGUCGGGCAAACCUCAGGAGGACCCAGGAGCCGGGGCUGGAAGAGAGGCAACAGAAAACCGACAGGAGUUCUUUGGAACCUGCGUGAAGUGUGGGAAAGGAGUGUACGGGGCGGAUAACGCCUGCCAGGCUCUGGAAAACCUCUAUCACACUCGCUGCUUCAUCUGUGUGUCUUGCGGACGCACCCUGAGAAACAAGGACUUCUACAAUGUCAACGGCUCUGUGUACUGUAAAGAGGAUUAUAUGUUUUCAGGAUUCCAGGCGGCUGCGGAGAAGUGUAGCGUGUGUGGCCACCUCAUUCUGGAACAGAUCCUGCAGGCUCUUGGGAACUCGUAUCAUCCGGGAUGUUUCCGCUGUGUGGUGUGCUCCAAGGCUCUGGAUGGGGUGCCGUUCACCGUCGACCAACAUAGCAAAAUUUACUGCGUUGCAGACUACAACAAGACCUUUGCUCCGAAGUGCGCCGCCUGUUUACAGCCCAUCUUGCCUACUGAGGGCAGCGAAGAGAUCCUCAGGGUCGUGUCUAUGAACAAGGACUACCACUUUGAGUGCUACCACUGCGAGGAGUGUGGCAAGCAGCUCUCAGAUAAGCCCGGCUCGCAGUGCUUCCCUCUGGACUCCCACCUCCUUUGCCACUCAUGCCACAUGAACAGAGUGUGCACCACACAUAACAUUCCCCCUCCAAACACACACUGAUCAUCCUCUAUGCAGCUGUAGAUUAAUUUUUAUGUUAAAGCUGGUCUUAAAAUGCUGUCAUUUUCUCAUGCUCUUUCUUCACAACAAACCUGCUGAUAUUAAGAUAUGUUCACACUUCAUCUUUAUUUGUCUUUGGAUUGAAUUGCCACAUGUACUGCCUGCUGUACUUCUUUUGUACUAUUACUGUACAACAGUUAAAAGGGAAAAGGAUAACUACUGCUUUUUUUUUGUUUGUUUUUUUUACCCUAUGUGGCCGUUUGCUGUAGAGAAACGAGGGAUUUUUUUUUUGUACAUACAUUAUUGCUAUCAGUUUUGCACUUAAAUUUGACUUUACUGUAAGAUUUGUUAAGUGAAUCGUACAAGUUGGGGAAAACAUUACUGUAAUAAC